UGCAGCAGUAUGGCAACUCAUUUAGAAAAUCAGCUGAAGUCUAGCUGGUGUGCGGCAUCCCUCUGGCCUAGUAUCCUUGAUCUACCUAUGGACAUGACGAGGACACUCGUAUCAUGUCCCUAUGGCCUGGAACCCUGGCUUCUUCCAGGCUGCAGUUCUAUGUUUGACAGGCUGGUCAAUAAUUCGGGGGUAACACCGCUGGGCUCUAGUUUGAGCAGGGACGGAAGCUCAGCUACCGCUGGUCCCCAGAAGCCUCACAGAAUAUCCAUACUUGAGCGCUGUAUUCUGAAAGUGGUCACUCCCAACAUGUCUCCCUCAACUGAGGAUGAGGAUCAGGAAAGGUCCCAGUCAGAAGGGUGCAGGUACCCUGACCUUCUGGACAAAUCUCGCUGUGAGACCAAUGAGUCAGUGCUGAAGCGACGCCAAAAACAAAUUCAGUAUGGAAAGAACACUUCUGGGUACCAGAACUACAUACAGCAGGUGGCCAAGCAUUCGCGAAUCCCUGGAUUGCAUCCCAGCACUCCCAACAAGUACUGCAAGUACAGCCGGCGUGCCUGGGACAUGCAAGUAAGACAGUGGAGGAGGGAACUGCAUGCCUGGGACGUGCCCUGUGAUGCCCUCCGAUCUCCAGAGGGACCACAGCACAAUGUUGAUGGCAAAGAAGCAAUGGAUCAGCAACAAGGGUUACUAAAGCAGGCAAAUACGGCAUUGUAUGAGAAAAGCGGAAGAACAUGGGAUACGGAGUCUUGCACCCUCUCAAGCUUGACAAGUUACUCUUGUACUAUCCCAUAGGCCCUUGACAUGUGUAUGUGUGAGAGAAACCGGGGAGAGUUGGGUGGACAGCGACUAAGCCUGAAACAAAUAAGUGGAAGUCAUGCCAUCUCACUUUGUCUUGACUAGAUUUGUACUGAAGCUUAAGCUCAGUAGCAUGUGUUGCGCUGGCUGUAAUUUCUACUGGAGGCAGAGUGCAGCCACUCGACAGUUCUGGCACAACCUGGAUGACCUGUUAAACUAAAUCACAAUGGAGUAUGUGUGUACACUGAUACCACGUUAAAGUGCAAUCACUUUAUUUUAGAAUGUUUUAACACACUUGUCAACAGUUUCUCAAGCAAUUUACCCACAUAUUGUUACCUGGUUUAUACCACUAAUUUCUGUAACAAAUGUCCAAUGUCCUCUUGCAGUCCUUCACCUUAAAAUGGCUUC